GUAUUUUGGUAGCAGCACAAUUGACUUGCAACUCUGCGGCGAUUUACUCAGUUCAGUCACCAUCUUCAAAUUUUCAAAGCUCGGUACUGUAGAUCUCUGUUGCAACAAUGGCUCUAGCUUUAACUGUUGGGGUUUUCGGUGCUCUCGUUCUUUUUCACGCCGCCUAUUCCACCAUCCAGUAUAAGAGCUUGUUGAAGAUUACUGAAGAAGAGUUUUCAGGACCUCCUUUUAAUGUGGUGAUUGAACUGUUUGUUGGAUUGUUGCUUUGUUUCUGGGCUGCUCUUACUGUGCCUGGGAAGUUUUUGUCCAUACACCCACAAUCUGAUGAAAACAGGAUUGUUUCUUUACCUGCCAACCUAGACUUCAUGAUCUUCAACCACCGAGGCAAAGUUUUCCCCCUGGAAACUGAUUUGAAGCUGAAACACUAAGGACUCUUGUAUCAACCAUCAAGUGUCAUUAUCCGUCGUGUAAGAGAAAUAGUCUCUUAAUAUGAAAGAAUUUGAAUGUGUUUGAUAUAACUGUUGGUUGAUGUAUGAAAUCCUGUUGUAGCUUAUGCUUAUCAGUAGUUAGUACUGGCCACUUGCCCUUGUAAUUUUGACAGUAUUUUAUUACUUGUAUUAUUUAUGAAGAGCCAACUUUCACUUUGACCA